AGUGGGAUGGGCGGCGGGGGGGGCGGUGGAAGGUUCCAUUGGGAAAUGGCGGCCCCCGCCUCAGCCCCUCAGGGCCUCACUCCCCGUAAGCAGUGUCACGGGACUGCGUCAAAGACGACCAUGAGCCGGCCCCAAGCAUCCCACAGCAACCGGCCCGUUGAGUUCCAUUCCAGGACGGCGGCGGAGUCGUCUUUACCGGAGCUGGUGGACGCCCACAGCCGCGGCACUAAUCGACCGCGUGUGCCGCCUUGACGUGAGCGGCAGGCAGGCCCGAGCCAGCCCGACGGGGCCGGAUCCCCAUGAGCGAUGCGGCAGAGGAGAGGGGCGCCGGCGCGGACGCUGGCCUCGGUUGCAGGGGUGGGUUAAGGCGGGGAUCCGGUCUCGCCCGAGGCGGCGUUCUCCCCCACGGAAGGCACGGGGGGAAUGGAAGGAGAAACCGGCAAACAGUGGGGCCAUCCUGUUUCAGAUAUAACACUGGGCUUUGGAAAGGCCCAGCUGGCGCAGGCCGAAAGGCACUUCGAGCAGAUGAAGGACGACGCCAUCGUGUGCAACGUCGGCCACUUCGACGUGGAGCUCAACGUCAAGUGGCUGAACGACAACGCGGCCGAGAAAGUCAACAUUAAGCCUCAGAUACACAUACCCGGAAUCUCCUGGGCCCACUCUCCGGCAGAGCUGUUCUAGUGUCUCCGAUUAAGAAAGCAAAUCCUCGGGGAAAAUGAAGCUGGAGCCUUCUUUGCCACGUUCUUACCUUGUUUCUCUGGGAAAAGUCUCUCUCUUUCUCUGUCUCUGUGUCUCUCUCACAAACCACACACACACACACAGAGUUAAAGUCCGCAAAGAAAUAUUCAAGUAGCCCACUACAUGGAAAGGUUCUUAAAAGGGCUCCAGGUGAGAGGUGGAAAGAGCACAGGGCUGGAAUCAAUCAGUGGUGUUUAUUCAUUCAUUAAU